AUGGGAACAGAAGAAAAUGUUAUACGAAUUGCCAUUGGAAUUUUUGUAUCUUUAGGUGCUUCAUUUAUGGAUGCUUUAGGCUUAAAUAUCUUAAAGCUGGACCAUGUAAAAGAAUCAAAUAAACCAGAACGACGAUCAGAUUGUGGAAGACCAUUAUGGCAUUUGGGACUUUACACGUAUAUAGCUAGUCAAUUGAUUGGUAGUACAAUAGCCCUAAACUUCUUAAAAACACAGUGGGUAGCUCCUUUAGGAAGUGUAGCAUUAAUCUUCAAUUUUCUGUUUGCAAAGCUCCUUGUCAAUACACAAAUAACCAGAAAAGAUGUACUCGGUACAUGUGUUGUUGUUGCAUCAGUGGUAUGGAUAGUGGUAUUCGGCGGCAUCAUCUUAAAUUUCGUUGCUUUCGGCGGGCUUAUCCUUUCGUUAUGGUCGAAAUGGUCACUUACUGACGAAAACCGCAGGCAAAAAAGCCAACUAUUUUCGAGUAUGGAUCAAAAGAAGAUGGCACAGAUGGUUGGAUUAAUGUUCAGCAUUGAAGGUGGUGUCUUGGCGAGUGAAACAUUAUUAUUAGCAAAGAGCGGCGUAAAGCUAUUCACACUCUCUGUGCAAUCUCAAGUAAAUCAAUUUAACGACAAUGCCAGUCGGUUUAUUUUAUUAGCGUUACUCAUUACAGCUGUAUUACAGGUUUACUGCUUGAAUACAGCAUUAAAAUUGUAUACGUCAGUGGUUGUUGUGCCUGUAUUUUAUGGUACUUAUACAGCAUUAGGUUUAGUCAACACAAUUAUAUACCUAGACGAGUUUGGCAACUAUCCAGUCUGGGCCAUCUUCUUGGUGUUUGCUGGUAUUGGUGUUUUGAUCUACGGUGUUUAUUUACUAAGCUCAAAACCCGAGCCUAACCCAGAAUCAUCACCUCAUUUGACGACAGAGGAAGAUUUG